AAAGAUGAGUUUAGGAAUGCUGGGGGUGUUCUAGAAUCUUACAGCUCAGAUAGGAAAGAAACUUGGUAACAGUUGCCUCACAUUUGACGACAGUUCUAAAAAUUUACAUGACUAUGCCAAUAAGAGUUGUGAAGAUGACAGAAACUUCUCUAAAGUAUCAAUAAUUCAAGACAGAGAUUAACCAUGCUCGAGGAAAGAUUGAGGAAUCUUUCUAUUCCUACAUGAUAUUACAAGAUCAUUAUCAUGGGAAAGGGUGAUGAAAGAGGACACAGCCAAGCAAUGUAGGAACAAAGUGUGACAGGUGUGUCACCACCAGUGAGGGUGAACUGCAGACAUCUGGGUAUUUGUCGACUUUAAAAUGUGUAAUUUGUUGUGAAUUCUUUUCCCAUUUUGUACCUAAUUUGGGAGUCAGAAUUUUUACUCUUUUUCUUAAAGGGGGGCUCCCAAACUGUAUAAACUUCCGGCCCCGUGUAACCUGGGGGAGGCUCAGAGCGCCAUCCCUGCGGGGCACAGGUCUUUCGCGGUGUCCCAGGACCCUGAGAGGCAGCGCAGUUGGGUCCGCUGACAAUAAUGUCCUGACGAAGGGGCAGCGUGCUGAUGUCUCUUCUGGUAUAAGCUCCUUGUCUUGUGACGAGAUGACACGUUGAGUGGCACUGGUCAGAGAGCGAAUGAGAAACGUCGUGGAGAUGUCGUGAUUGUUAAACACGUUCUUUCCCUCAAGUCUGGCGCUCCUCCCGUGGAAAGGCAGAGCCUCUCCCCUUGGACACGGGCAGGAGCGCGUGUGGCGGAGAUGACCUUCCUGGCAUGAGGCCACCUCUGCAAGUCACGUGAGAAGACCCAUCGGGCGCUCUCAGGCGACAUAAGCCUUGGGAACAGGGGCUGACGUGCAAGAAGUCUGGCCAUUCACAUCAGAAGGUUGACGAUAAUCAAAGAGUGGAAAGUGCCAGCGAGGAUGUGGAGAGGCCAGAAUGCUUGUGUGUCGCUGGCGGGAACGUAAAAUGGCAGCCCUGUUCAUGACAACCCAAAGUAGACACAACCCAAGUGUCCGUCAGGCGGCGGAAGGAUACACAAGGCCUGGUGCAGCUCCGCGGUUCGGCCAUAAACGAAGGAAAGUGCUGACCCGAGCGGCAGCCCGGGUGAACCUUGGAAACAUUGUGCAAAGUGAAAGGAGCCAGCCACGAAGGCGAACGUGUGGUUCCGUGUACAUGCAACAGCAGGGUGGGCAGCGUGGCAGAGACAGCAGGUGGGCCGGCACCAGGAGUUGGGGGAGGAGAGGAUAAGAGCAACUGCCCAAUGGGUGUGGGGUUCCGACCUGGGAAGUGGUGAUUGCACAACACCGUGAUGUGCCAGAUGCCACCGAAUUGUUCAUUUCAAAUGGUGAAUUUUACGUUCUGUGAAUUUCACCUCAAUUAAAGAAAAAAAAUAUUGCUCCUUUGAAGCCUCCAUGCUGAAGAGACCAUGUGGCGAGACCAGAUGGAGACAGUGGUGCCCAGGUGCCCAGCUGUGCACCAGCUGCACCCAUGGCUAGUGAGCAAGGCUCCAGAUGGCCCACCUCAACCUUUGAGCUGACCUGGUGGUGCCAAGCGGAGCAGAUAGGAGCCGUCCCUGCCAAGCCCUGGCCAAACUACAGGUUCCCCAGCAAAACAAAUGUUGUUUUAGGCCACCAAGUCCUGCAGGAGUGUUUCUGCGAUGUCAGAGGACUUGCACGGAGCUCUCGGCCCCACAGCGUCAUGGGUUGAGAGUGGGCGCAGUCAGCCAGGUUCCAGAGGGUGUUGCUGGACCUCCCAGGUGGCUGUGCCAGGUGAGGAUGGGACUAGAGAGCAGUGUGGGGACCGGAUAGGGGAGAGGGCCCUCCUGAGGCGUCUGUCAUGAGCAGGGACAAAGGGUGUGACAUCAGCAGUCCUGGUAGACUCAAGGCAGGAAGUGCGGGUAGGGCAGCGGACGGCAGGAGGAGGGAGAGUUCUGGCACCUUCCAUGAGGCCCUCAAAGGAAGACCUGCCCCUUCCAGGCCCCGCGCUUCCCACUCCACUUGGUCAGCUCUGAUCAGCGUCUCACAGGCUGGGAGAGCUCUAACGGGGCCCCGGCCUCUCAUUCCCCAGCUGGUGAAUGUGGAAGGUUCCACAAUCUCAGACCCUGGCCUGGUGGCUCUCAGCCAUGACUGCCUUUAGAAUCACUCGCGGAGUUUUUAAACAUUUCCAUGUCCGAAUCCACCCAAGACCAAAACCAAGUCAGUCUCUGGGGUGGCCGGUCAGGGGUGGCUCCUCACAAAGUGCUGCAGGCAAUUCCAGGGUGCAGCCAGAUCAAAGCCACCACCCUAAUGCAGCCUCGCUGCUGCCCUGCCGCACAAAGGCACGAAGCCUGAAUCUGGAACCUUGUGACACACUCAUUCUCCAACUGGAGCGCCCCAGUGUGCAGAUGGAGCGAGUCUUGGGUGGAUUUUCUCAGAAAUGGCUUCCCAUUUUUUUCCCCUUAAACUUGCAAGGCCCAUGGAAGCUGGGCAAUGGUGUGUCAUGGAGGACAUCGGACUUGCCCCACAUGAUGUCAUUGUCUUCCGUGGGUGCUUGGUGCUUUUCACAGGCCCCUGGGCACCUCCACCUCCAGGCAGGGCCCUGGGGUACACCUCUGGCCUCCAGCAGCUCUGAGGGGAAGCUCGGGUUUGCCAGGAGCAGCAGCCACUACCUUCCUGCAUCCUUGUCUGUUAGUGAUCUGCUGCCCCAGGAAGGCCGUGGUGACAGGUGGUCAUCAGCGCAUCACCGGGAAUGGCACAAAUACGGCAGACGUCUUACCACGUCUGUGCCUCGCUCCCACUGGCCCAGCGGUCAGGAGUGGCCAGGCUGCCACUUCCCUCUUGCGUUUCUGUCCCCUCAACCCCUGCAGGCUCCUGAGCUGCCCCUGCCCACUUCAGGGCAUCUGAGCAGUGCCCUUGGCCCUCGGUCACAUCUGCAGUGUCGUCAAUCGGGAUGGGCGCUUGUGGUCCCAUGGAAGGGCCUCCCGGCUUGGGCCUGUCGCCCUGUACCCAGCGCUGCUGCCCCUCAGACUUCCCUGGGUAUCUCCCCAACAGCUUCUGGAGGCCAGCAGGGUGCUCCAGGGCCCUGCCCACUCCCAAAGGACCAGGCCCCUAGAGGUGGAGGUGUUGGGGGGAAGGUGACUCCAGAUACUCUGAGGAGCCCACGUUUCCAAAGGGGACCCAGAAAAGACAGGAGACACAGCCGGGAGGAAUGCCCAGGAGUGGAGUGGACGGAGGCGCCUGAGGGUGAAAUGCAGUGUUAGGACUAUGUUGUAAUAAAAAUGCAGGCAGAAAGGGCCACUGGUGUAGACCCAGAGAAUGUUAACAUCAUCAGAACGGCUGGCGUCUCUCUCUCUCUCUCUCUCACACACACACACACACUCACCACCUCCCCAAACCCCCGCCCCAGGCUCAUUUAACCCUCACAGUCCCAAAAGGUGCUACUGUUAGCUCCACUGGACAGAUGAGAAAACCAAGGCUGCUGACCAGGUGCAGGGAAGGAAGGAAGCCGCAUGGCGUUCUUUACCUUGGAGCCGGUGGGACCUGCCCUGGCGGAGGCGCACCACUCUGAAUUGCUCGUGGGUCUGAGGACUGGGUUCGACAUGGAAACGUCCAGUCCAGCCUGCCUGGGGCUUUGGGUCACCCUCUGUUUCUUGGCUUCCACCAUUUCCUGAGCUGCUGGCACCUUCUUGUUUUCCAUUCUGGUUUUUUUUUUUUUUCUUUUUAAACGAUUGGUCUUCUUGGUCGUUGCUUAUGAUGGGGAGAAGGGGGUGUAAUGUCCUUAUCUUUUGCACACAUUCCAUUUUAGUCGAGACUGUCAACCUGCCCUCCAAACUGGCAGUCUGCCACCUGGAAUUCAAAGUCCAAGAUCUUUAAAAUUAAACUAGGUGAAACAAGUAGAAUGUUCUGGAAGUUCUGAGGUCUCAGCUAGGUGAGAAGACAGUGAAAUGUGGAGCCACUUCAGAAGAGGCUGUCCUUCCACGUCCUGGGACAGUGAAUCCCGGUAUGGAAUACGCAGGGUGGCUACGGGGCACUGGUGGGAAAUCCUGUCAAUGGAAGAAAUGCUAAGACUCUAGAGGUGGGCAAAGGGUGUCUUUAGAGUCUGUCGUCAGUCCCUACCAAAAUGAAAGACCUCAGAAAAGGAAAAUGGGGUGCCAGACCCCACACAGGAGCUUAUAAUGAGCCUCAGGGACUGUCCCAAACUCCAAAAACCAUGUGAGCACCUACCAGAGCCAGAUGCUGCCCGUGGGCCUGGCCGGCCCUCAGCCUCCUCUUGCUUGAGCCCACCCUGCCUUGGGCUGCAUUGCCAGCUGUGGGGACAGCCUCGGAGCCCGCAGCCUCCUUCGCUGUCCCCUUUCGCCUCCCCAGGCUCCAGCUGCUUGGCUGCCCAGGGCUCAACCUGGGACCAGCCCCUCUGCCUGGUCCCCUCCUCUAGGCUCUUGGUUCUAAACACCGGAGACGCUGGUGACCCCCAACCCCUCCCUUUAGCCGGGACCUCACCCGUUCCCGGGCAGGAAGUGCAGGUAGGGCCGUGGAUGGCAGAAGGAGGGACAGUUCUGGCACCUUCCAUGAGGCCCUC